AUGCGGCCACAACGCGAAUACCAUAUUGUUGUCUUGGGUGCUGGAGGUGUCGGUAAAAGUUGCUUAACAGCCCAAUUCGUUCAAAAUGUCUGGAUCGAAAGCUACGACCCCACGAUCGAGGAUUCAUACCGGAAACAGAUUGAGGUAGACGGUCGACAAUGUAUACUGGAGAUUCUUGACACAGCAGGAACAGAACAGUUCACGGCAAUGAGAGAGCUCUACAUGAAACAAGGCCAAGGCUUCCUCCUCGUCUUCUCCAUCACCAGCAUGUCCUCCCUAAACGAACUCUCCGAGCUCCGCGAACAAAUCAUCCGAAUCAAAGACGACGAGAACGUCCCAAUUGUGAUCGUGGGCAACAAAUCCGACCUGGAAGAAGACCGCGCCGUACCACGCGCCCGCGCCUUCGGUAUAUCCCAGAAAUGGGGUAACGCCCCAUACUACGAGACCUCUGCCCGGCGCCGCGCAAACGUUAACGAAGUCUUCGUCGAUCUGUGCCGCCAGAUCAUCCGCAAAGACUCCGAGGGCUCAAGGAACAGCAGCGAUCCCAACCGCAAGCGCGAGGGCCCGAACCGCCAUGACCGCAAGAGAGACAAUCGCCGGCCGAGAAAUCGCCGCGGACCGUGCGUCAUCCUUUGA